ACUUUUCAGAUGGUGUUUAACAAUGUGCGCGCGUAGAAAUUAAGUGGCAGCCCGGAUAUGGUUGGUUUUCACAAUAAAGGUUCCUACAUCUGCAAUAUUUGUUGCCUACCACAAUCACUUCUUUUACAACAUAGCAAAAUCACAGCUGUAUAUAAUUAUAUUUUACAUUGUUGAGGAAUUCAAACAGGCGGUCAGACAGAUGUCAGAUUUAGGGUUAGUCCCUGUAUGCUUGGUCUUUCCACCACCAGUGACCAGUCAUCACCAGUGCUAGUCCAUUUCAACGAUAGACUUGUUCUAUAAUAAGUAGCCUACCGUUUUAUUUUUUAUUUAACCCAAAACUGAUUGUUUCACGCGUUUACGCAGAUAGCAGUACUGUCAAACGGAGACAUGUUGGCCAAUCUGUCUGCCGUGACCUAACUAUGGCCGUGACCCGUUGAAUUCCAGAUUCAAACAUACGUCAUCAAACUGCGCUGUGUUUGCUUAUGAAUGAACAGCCAUUCUCUGGAACGGCUCUAGGUGUUUCACAAUAAUUAUAAACGGCUAAAAUAUGACUGAAGCUAAGAGAGCCUUCUCACUGGUGUGGGACCAUUUCACCCUGGUGAACCCCAGGAAAGUCCAGUGCUCCCUUUGCUCUCAAUGCCUCAGCUUUAACAAGAACACCUCGGCCAUGCUCAGACAUCUGCGGUCCAGACACCCCAGUGAGGCUUGGUACAACACCAGUAAUCCUAGUUCUGGGGUCCUGGCCAUGUUCCCCAACUGUUCUGGAACCCUCUCCACAUUCCCUAGUGGUUCUGGAACCCUCCCUGUGCUCUCUAACAGCUCUGGAACCUUCACAACGUUCUCGAAUACCGCAAUAGGACUCAGCUCACCAUUGACCAGUUCUUCUGGGAUUAACCCAACGUUAAGUCCCAACAGUUUGACAGCACACGGUGGCUUAACCUUUUCCACCAGACAAGAGGACUUGGAUGACGCCCUCAUCAACAUGCUAAUCAAAGACUGCCAGCCAUGCUCAUUGGUGGAAGAUGAAGGGUUCUCUGCUUUUGUUAUGAAGCUUGACCCAGAUUAUGUCCUCCCCACUAAGAAGGCCCUGAAGACUCGGGUGGCUUCACAGUGUGACAUCAUCAAUGACAGUGUGGCUUCAGAGGUGGAGCGUGCUGACUUCAUCAGUCUGACAUCAGACACCUGGACAUCCACAAGCAUGAACACCUAUGUCUCAGUGACAGGCCACCUAGUGACAGAGGCUUCCCAGCUCUGCACCUUCCUCCUGGGGGUGUGCAGGCUGCCAGAAAACCACAAGGCUGUCCACCUGGAAGAGGCUAGGAACCAACUGGUGGCCAGCAGGGGACUCCACAGUAAAGUAGCCGCCUUUGUCACAGAGACCAGCGAUAACAUGUCCACCAUGCUGCAGAAGCUAGGUGUCCUUCUGCUGCCCUCUUUUGCUCACGUGCUGAACCAGGUGGUGAAGAUGUCCAUGGAGGCCACCACAGAGCUGCAGGAGAUCCGGUCGCAGGCUCGGACUAUCGUGGCGUUCUUCAAAUCCAACCCCGUGGCCAAGGAGCGCCUAGCUGCGGUGCAGAAACAGCUUAACCGCCCUGGCCAGAAGCUGCUACUGGAGGUGGAGUCCAGGUGGAACAGCUCCUUCUCCAUGCUGCAGUGCCUGUUCCACCAGCGCGAGGCUGUGGCAGCAUCCCUCAGCACUCUGGACACAGACAUCAGCCCCCUGGGCUCGGCUGACUACGAGGUCAUCCACCAGUGUCUGGGUGUGUUGGACCCCUUCCACCAGGCCACUGGAGAGCUGGCCUCAGAGAGGCGCGUCUCUGCCUCCAAGAUCAUCCCUCUGGUCCGCAUGCUGAGGGUCAUCCUGAUGGAGAAGCGCUCCACCUCUGUUCCCAGCCACCCCACAGCUGCACAGCUGUCCUCCCACCUGCAGAGGGCACUGCAGACCAGCUGCGGUUCAGUAGAGUCGGAGCCCGUGCUGGCCCUGGCCACCCUCCUGGACCCACGGUUUAAAGUGCUGGCGUUCGGGAACCCUGGCUGUGCUCAAGAUGCCGUCAAGCAGCUGACUUCCGAGUGUGCUGUCCUGAUCAGGGUCAACUCUGUCAAGUCCCAGUCGUCCCCGUCCAAGGCUUCCGCCUCUCCCGCUUCACCCGUCGCCAAACACACCGCCACCUGGACGAUGGAGACGGCCGCGGACGACGCCACGGCAACGCCAGCGAGGCUCGCGAGCGAGCUCGGUGGUGCCGCCACCGGUUGCCAAAGUGGGGGGUUGUGGGAGAUGUUCGACAGCAAGGUCGGCGAGACGCAGAGCGUGCAGAGCAGCACGGCGGACGCGGCGGUGGAAGUGCAGCGCUACCUGAGCGACACCUACCUGCACCGCGGGGAGAACCCCAUGCACUACUGGGAGAGGCACAGCAAGGUGUACCCCCACCUCUUCAGCCUGGCCAGGAAGUACCUGAGCGUGCCCGCCUCAGCGCUGCCCUGCCACCGCCUCUUCACUAAGGCUGGGGAGGUGUUCAAUAAGAGGAGGAGUUGUCUGAGUAUGAACGCCGUGGAACACAUCAUGCUGCUCAACGAAGGGCUGGUUUAAAUUCUUGUGGUCAGUUUGUGAGUAGGUGGUCAGUCAACAGGAUACCGUAUCAAUUUAUUUGAUUGUAACCACUAGAGGGCAGCAUUACAAUGUCUCACUGAGCUAGUUCUACUGAUUAUACUGUUGGUUGUCAAGAACAAAAUAAUUAUUCCUGCUAAUAGUUAUGUACUACUUUUGACUUCAGGGGCCUAUACUACGAAGCAGGUUUUAAGGUUAGCAAAGGAACUUCAGAUUUAACCCUGGGUUAAAUGAUCAGAUGAGUAUCAUCCUGAAACAGAGACUGAUUAAAACAUCAAAAGCCUUGUACUCGUUGGCUUUAUAAGAUUAGUAAAUUAGCCUAUUUAGCGGUUUGAAUUAUGUUUUUACGUUUACAUUUCGUCAUUUAGCAGACACUUAUCCAGUGCGACUUACAGUAAGUACAGGGACAUUCUCCCCGAGGCAAGUAGGGUGAAGUGCCUUACCCAAGGACACAACGUAAUGUGCACCAGCCGGGAAUCGAACUGGCAACCUUCAGAUUACUAGCCCGAUGCUCUACCCACUCAGCCACCUGACUCUGACUUUUUAUACAUGUUCCGUAUUUGUUUCCAAGAGUUUUUAACACUGUCAUGCAGUUGAAAGAAUGGGGCUUAACAGCAUAAGAAUACAUGUCAGGAACACACUCAUUUAAUGGAAUAGGCUACACAAUGUAUUUGCCAGCUUUCCUUUGGCAACAGCAACGGUGUAAUAUUAAACUUGCUUCGUAGAAUAGGCCUCAGGUCCAGUUUAGCCUGUUUAUUGUUGUAUUUAAUGACAAUAGUAAUAUUUAUAGUGCUGCUACAUUAACUUUACAUUACCGUGUAUCUUAAACUUGAUGUGCAAUAACAAAAUGUCCUUAACAGUAAAUUGUCUUUGAGUGUACAGAAUACAGUCUAAGAAUGUGUCUUUGAUCAUUUUAAAUGCAGGUUAAAUAUUGACACAAAAACUAUGAAGAAUUGUACAUGCACAGCAUGUGAAGGGUCUAGUGCUGUUGGAGCAUUAUGUUAUUAAGUCUAGCAGCUCAGCAUAUCUAUAAUGGCCUCAUAUGAGCAGAUAACUGGUUACCAAAGAGUGAUCACACAUCAAUAUGGCUUUGUCUAUUGAUACGCAAAUUAUAUUUCAUGAAUCACAGAGAUUAAAUUAAGUCCUACCAGUCAGUGAGUUUAGUUAUGUAUUAGUAGGAAAAGUACAGUGCAAGUCCCCAACUUAUGUGGAUUCCAGCAAGUUAUUUGUUGGGGGCUAAAUAUAUACAUUUGUUUACAUGGCAUUUUGUUUACAUGGACUGAAUACAGCUAUAUAAUUGAGGCGAGGCCGCUACAAAUAGGUAUACAUUUGGCUCAAACUGCCCUUGACCACAGUGAGGCUGAGAGUGGCUGCAUACUGGUGAGUUAACCUAAUGAGCCAUAUUCACUUGCCUGACAAAAACAUACAAAUAAUUACAUAGUAGCUUUGACAGAGGUUCUUGUGUUGUAGAUUAGGUUUCUGAAUUUCCCUGCGUGGAU